GUGCUUUGUGUGAACACGUGAGCUGAGAACCUGAUCUAACUUUGAGUAAAGAAGUUCAACAGCAGCUCCUGGCUUCUGCUUGUGGGCUCCUUUUUUUUUUUUUUUCCCCCUUUCCCUUCCCAGAAGCUGCGCAGCGAAAAGCGGCUCUCACCAGCGAUCAGCCCUCGCUCUCCCUCCCUCCCCGUCUCCCUCUCUCCUUGCCAAGACUCUGAAUCGUCUGGAUCCCGAAAACCGGGCUCCUUAUUUCAUCUCUCCUUGGGAACAUGGAUGCAAGGGUGCUGUCAGAGAUGCAUUUCUGUAAAAAGAUCUUCACUGCAGCCUUGUGUGUCUUAGUUUUGCUGCCAGAUUCCGGCUGUGCAAAGAAUCUCUGGAAGCGUGCUCUACAUCUGAAAAUGACGGAGAAAUACGAUGAUUAUGAGUACCCUCUUCAUUCUCACAGUUCCCACUACCAGAAGAACGACCGCUGCCCCCCACCGCCCCAGACUUUGCCUGACCGAGCCUGUGAGGUGCCCAGCUGCCGGUCGGAUUCAGAGUGUGAAAGGCACAAGCGCUGCUGCUACAACGGGUGCAUCUACGCCUGCCUGGAGUCUGUACAGCCACCGCCAGUUUUAGACUGGCUGGUUCAGCCCAAACCCCGCUGGCUGGGAGGAAAUGGGUGGCUUUUGGAUGGCCCAGAGGAAGUCUUACAAGCUGAGGCCUGCAGUACCACUGAGGAUGGAGAUGAGCCUCUGCAUUGCCCCACAGGCUAUGAAUGCCAUAUCAUCAACCCGGGUAACACGGCUGAAGGAAUCCCUAACAGGGGCCAGUGCAUCAAGCUCCGUGGAAAUCCAGAUGGACGCAACCUGAGGCAUAAGUAUUACAAGGAAUAUUUUGGGAGCAAUUCCAACAAUGUGGUCGGCUAUGUGAAAAACCAGCAGAAACAUUUAGGCUAAUCAAAGGUGUGCCUGGCUGGAGCACUCUGUUUAGCAGCUGUCAAGGAAUGCUUUCCCCAACAGUUUUGGAAGAAUUCUGGUCCCAAAUCUCCACAAGCAUGUCUCCAGCAUUACCCUGAUCCCUGCCCGCCAGUGAUAAAAAGACUUCGUUAUUCAAGGCACAGGAUGAGUCUCAAUUUUAAGCCUAUCAGCAGGGGGAGAAAUGUGAUCCCUGAAA